AUGCAAUGCAAUGCAGCUGGCUACUGCGACGACUACGGCGACACGGGACAACUUACUGUACGAGCCCGAAAUGGCGGCCAGACGACGCUACCGUGUCCGCUAGAGGCGAACCAGCCAUCAUCAAAACCAGCCAGCCUGGAAGUCCCUCCCGCAGUGUCCGAAUUGCGCUGGACCAGGCUCGAGGACCCACCCUCCCGACGCACCGUGUACGUGGUGGACGGCGCCGAGGCCGGUGUAUGGCAGGGCGAACACGUGGUGCGCCCAGACUGGCAGAGCCGCUCCUACUUCUCCAUCCACAGCGACCCAGCGCUCCUCAAGAUUGGCCGAGUGGCGCUCGCCGACAGCGGCACCUUCGUCUGCACGGUCACGUUCAAUGACGGGCGCCGCGCCAACCGAACAGUGCACCUGAGAAUGAGCAUUCUGGAGGCUUCGAAUCGGGCUGAAACGUACAGCAUCAAGAUACCCGGACCACCAGCCGACGUCGACGAUGAGCCCCCGACUGCCCCUGUGAUCCGAGACGGGAGUGGCGUUGUACUUCACAGUGUCACCGCACCUUAUGACGAAGGCGUCAGCAUGCAUAUCGUAUGCGAGGUGCGCGGAGGUGAGCCUCAGCCGAAACUUGUCUGGUCCGGGAGUGGUUACCAACGCCUGCAGGCGAAAGAGCAGAGCAUUCGCGUAGGCAACGUCACACGAAGCACUCUUUCCAUAGAAUCGUUAGGCAGGGAGAUUCUUCUGGGCACCUUUGUUUGCAGCGUGCAAGAAAUGCCAGAACCCACGAACAGUUCUUUCGUCAUUGACAUGAAUCUGCGACCACUGUCGGUGAGGCUGUGGAGCGUGCAGAACACCUCGCGGGCCGGGCUUCCGGCGGAGUUCCAUUGCCGCGCCCUCGGGUCCCGGCCGGCGGCUCAGCUGAGCUGGUGGCUGGACGGCGUCCGCGCCGAGCCUUUCUUUCACGAGGACUCGGACAGCGGCAACGACAGCUUCAGCGUUCUCCUGCUCACGCCCACGGCUGACGACGACGGCCGGACCGUGCGUUGUGUGGCCGCCAACCCGCGGUGGCCGCAUGAUGUCCUCGAGGCGACUUGGAUGAUCGACGUGCUAUUCGUUCCCAAGGUGACGCUGCGGUUGGGUCGUGGCCUGACGGAGCCGGUGAUCCAGGAAGAACGUGACGUGUACCUGGAGUGCGCAACUUCGGCUAACCCCGCCGUGGACGUGUUCCGGUGGUUCCACAACGGAGUUCUUUUGGAACCCAGAGGCAACGCCACGGCUGAGGUGUCCUCCGGGCAGCAGCGGCAGUCUUCUCCCCUGGUGACCGGACCGUAUCUCAUCAUGCGUCGCGUGCGACCUUUCCAAGAGGGACCCUACGAAUGCGAGGCCUCUAAUCCACUGGCCAGUGUGCGUAGCAACACCGUUCACCUCACCGUCCAUUACUCGCCGCGCUGCGAGCGAAUUUGGUCCACGACGCUGGAUGGCGGCAACGAGACCCUGGUUCACUGCCGCGUCCGGGCGCAACCCGCUGACCAGCUGAGCUUCACGUGGAGCGUCCAGGACGCCUUGGGCGAGCAUUCCGUGGCGCAGCGCGGUGCUGUGACGUCUACGAAUGGCUCCUUGAGCGUGCUCAGGAUGCCUCAGCAGCGUUCUUUCGCGUCGUCGUCCCCUGAUGGCGCAGACGCGACGCUUUACUGCCGAGCCCGCAACACCGUCGGCCUGCAGAGCAGUCCCUGCGUCCUGGCCGUCGACAUGGUGGAGAAGCCCAGCCAACUUCGAGAUUGCAGCGUGAGCAACCAGUCGGACGAGCGGCUUCUCGUCUCGUGCAGGCAGCCAGAACAGCGCCGACUGGGGCAGAAAUUUGUGCUCGAGGUUCACAGUUCCGCACCGGCGCAACAGUCGCCGCUGCCGAAGCCAGCCCCCUCGAACCUGUCCAGCGAGCGACCCGUGUUCUGGAUCCCGAGCUUGGAGCCCGGCGCUGCCUGCCGGCUCGUGUUGUACGCUGUGAGCGCCGGCGGCACCAGGGGACCCGAGGUUCGGCUGUCGCUUCACGCCGACCCAUACACGGCGCCGCUGGCCUCCGCAGGUGCGCGUGAUUGA